CCCGCCGCCGCCGCGGCCGCCGCCGCCGCCACAGCAGCUGCCUCCGGGAGCGUUUGAGGAGUUGCGGGCCGCCGCAGGCUCGGGCGCCGCACCGCGCCGACCGGAGCCGCCGGACGAGGCCCGGGGAGCCGCUCGCGCCGACCCCGCCGCCCGAUGUCCUCAAGAUGGAGGCAGCGGGGGCGGCGACGUGAAGAGAGCGGCGCUGUGGGCGCGGGAGCGGGGGCCCGGGCGGCCCGGGCGGAGGCGGUGCCGGGAUGGGGCUGCUGCUCAUGAUUCUGGCGUCGGCCGUGCUGGGCUCCUUCCUCACGCUCCUCACCCAGUUCUUGCUGCUGUACCGCAAGCAGCCCGAGCCGCCGCCGGACGAGGCGGCCCGCGCGGGCGACGGCUUCCGCUACAUCAAGCCGGUGCCGGGCCUGUCCCUGAGGGAGUACCUUUAUGGCGGCGGCGGCGGGGCCGAGGAGCCCUCCGGCGGGCCCCCCGAGGGCGGCGCGACCCCGGCCCCCGAGACCCCCGCCCCGCCGACGCGGGAGACCUGCUACUUCCUCAACGCCACCAUCCUGUUCCUGUUCCGGGAGCUGCGGGACACCGCGCUGGCCCGCCGCUGGGUCACCAAGAAGAUCAAGGUGGAGUUCGAGGAGCUGCUGCAGACCAAGACGGCCGGGCGCCUGCUGGAGGGGCUGAGCCUGCGGGACGUGUUCCUGGGCGAGACCGUGCCCUUCAUCAAGACCAUCCGGCUCCUCCGGCCGGUGGUGCCCUCGGCCGGCGGAGAGCCGGACGGCCCCGAGGGGGAGGCGCUGCCCGCCACCUCCCCGGAGGAGCUGGCCUUCGAGGCGGAGGUGGAGUACAACGGCGGCUUCCACCUGGCCAUCGACGUGGACUUGGUCUUCGGCAAGUCGGCCUACCUGUUCGUCAAGCUGUCCCGAGUGGUGGGGAGGCUGCGCUUCGUCUUCACUCGCGUGCCCUUCACCCACUGGUUCUUCUCCUUCGUGGAGGACCCGCUGAUCGACUUCGAGGUGCGCUCCCAGUUUGAAGGGCGGCCCAUGCCCCAGCUCACCUCCAUCAUCGUCAACCAGCUCAAGAAGAUCAUCAAGCGCAAGCACACCCUGCCGAGUUACAAGAUCAGGUUUAAGCCGUUUUUUCCAUUCCAAACCUUGCAAGGAUUUGAAGAAGAUGAAGAAGAACAUAUCCAUAUACAACAGUGGGCACUUACCGAAGGCCGUCUCAAAGUUACAUUGUUAGAAUGUAGCAGGUUACUCAUUUUUGGAUCCUAUGACAGAGAGGCAAAUAUUCACUGUACGCUUGAGUUGAGCAGUGGUGUCUGGGAAGAAAAACAGAGGAGUUCUAUUAAGACGGUUGAAUUAAUAAAGGGGAAUUUACAGAGUGUCGGACUUACGCUUCGUCUUGUCCAGUCAACUGACGGGUAUGCUGGGCAUGUCAUAAUUGAGACUGUGGCCCCAAACUCACCUGCUGCACUUGCAGACCUUCAACGGGGAGACCGACUCAUUGCUAUUGGAGGUGUGAAAAUCACCUCUACCCUGCAAGUGUUGAAGCUGAUCAAGCAGGCCGGCGACCGGGUCCUGGUGUAUUACGAAAGGCCCGUCGGCCAGAGCGGCCAGGGCGCGGCCCUGCAGGAUCAUUUCGGACAGCUGGAGGAACACUUCCUGUCGGCCUCAUGCCCACCGAACUAUGAGGAGGAGACACCUGCCUUGGCAGCGGAUGCUGAGAACAGAGAUUUGGACUCUGAAUUUGAAGACCUGGCAGGUGAUGUCAGAGCACAAACUGAGCUCAAAGAUGAGGCACCGUCAUUAAGUCACAGUCCCAAACGUACUCCAACAACACUUUCUGUUAAACCCCUUGGAACGAUAUCACCGGUUUUAAACCGUAAACUAGCUGUAGGAAGUCACCCACCCCCACCAAAACCUCCAUGCAAAGAAGGAAAUAAACCCUCAGCCCUAAAAGCUUCUGAGGUAACAGACCCGACGCAAGUGUCAAAACCCACCCAAGGAUCCACUUUCAAACCACCCGUCCCACCACGACCACAGGUGAAAGUCCCUUUGCCUUCUGCCGACGCCCCGAGUCAGACAGAACCAGAUGUGCCCGCUGAAAAGCCAGAAAAGGUGCUGCCUUCUCCUCCUGCAGAUAAACCUGCUGAGAAGCAAGCAAAAACUACAGAUCACACGGAAGACACGGCUGCAUCGAAGCAGUUUUUAGCAAAGCAGGACGUGGUGAGAGAUUUUCCGUCAGAAAGUUCCUGCCCUCCCAAGGACAGUUCAGAUGACCCCCGGACAUGGGAAUCGUCAGAAAUCCCUUACCGAAAUAAGCUAGGAAAAUGGACCAGAAGCAGAGCAACCUGUCUCUUUGACAUAGAAGCCUGCCACAGGUACUUGAACGUUGCCCUGUGGUGCAGGGAUCCCUUCAAGUUAGGGGGUCUUAUCUGUCUGGGGCACGUUAGCUUGAAACUCGAAGACGUGGCUCUAGGAUGCCUGGCGACAUCAAACAUGGAAUACUUUUCAAAGUUCCGACUGGAAGCCCCCUCACCUAAGGCGAUGGUCACGAGAACCGCCCUGCGCAGUCUGAGUGUGCAGAAGGGAUUCAAUGACAAGUUUUGCUUUGGUGACGUUACUAUUCACUUCAAAUACUUGAAAGAAGGCGAGCCAGACCACCCUGUAGUCCCUAACUUAGAGAAAGAGAAAGACCUCCAUUUGAUCGAAGAGGUUCCUGCCCUACCCAAAGAGGAGCAUCUCGUUGGACAGAUGGGCUUGACAGAAAACAAACAUAGUUUCCAGGAUACUCAGUUCCAGAACCCAACUUGGUGUGAUUACUGUAAGAAAAAAGUGUGGACUAAAGCUGCCUCCCAGUGUAUGUUCUGUGCUUACGUCUGCCAUAAAAAAUGUCAGGAAAAGUGUCUAGCCGAGACUCCUCUCUGCGGAGCAGCUGAUAGGCGGAUAGACCGGACCCUGAAAAACCUCAGGCUGGAAGGACAGGAAAGCUUCUUAGGCCUGCCUCCUCGUGUCGAUGCUGAAGCUAGCAAGUCAGUCAACAAAACAACAGGUUUGACAAGACAUAUUAUCAACACGAGCUCCCGUUUGCUAAAUCUGCGCCAGGUCUCUAAAACUCGCCUUUCCGAACCGGGAACUGAGCUGGUGGAGCCUUCACCAAAACACACACCCAACACCUCAGACAACGAAGGCAGCGACACAGAGGUGUGUGGUCCGAACAGUCCUUCUAAACGGGGAAACAACACAGGAAUAAAGUUGGUGAGAAAGGAGGGUGGUCUGGACGACAGCGUUUUCAUUGCAGUUAAAGAAAUCGGCCGCGAUCUGUACAGGGGUUUGCCUACGGAGGAGAGGAUCCAGAAACUUGAGUUCAUGCUGGAUAAACUGCAGAAUGAAAUUGACCAGGAGCUGGAACACAAUAAUUCCCUUGUUAGAGAAGAAAAGGAAACAACCGAUACAAGGAAAAAAUCACUUCUUUCUGCCGCUCUGGCGAAAUCAGGUGAAAGACUACAAGCCCUGACACUUCUCAUGAUCCACUACAGAGCAGGCAUUGAAGAUCUGGAAUCUUUAGAAAGUCUGUCUUUAGACCAGCCCUCCAAAAAAAUAAGCAAGUACACAGAUGAUACAGAAGAAGAUCUUGAUAAUGAAAUAACCCAGCUGAUCGACUCCCAGCCAUUCAGCAUUUCAGAGGGCUUGUUUGGCCCAUCCGAGUCUGUUUAACAGACAGCCUGCUUAAAUACUCUCAAACGAUUGGGGAAAAGUCGCAUCUAAAGUACCACAGAUAAACCACGUUUUAAACCCUCUUACAAAGCACUUCGGCCCACUGCUCCACAGUCAUUUGCUUGCGUAGGAACAAGAGUGAAAAAGGUGGUUUUCCAGCGAAAACAUGACCAGCUCACUAAAAUGGUUGUUUCGGAUUGCAUUUAUAGCUAUGCUUUUUUGGGUUUAUACUGGGAAUUUAUUUUUACUAAUUUAUUUUUAACUUUUUCUAAUUAUGUAAUUAUGUAAGCUAACUUUUCAUGUUUAUGUAUGUGUGAUGUCUCGUGUUAUUUUUCUUCAUCUUAGUUUCUGAAUUAGUGUUAUGUAGGAUACUGUCCAAAUUCUUGAACUGUUUUCAUUUCCAUCACGGUUCUAACGAGUUUGCUGCCCAGAUUGACAACGGCAAUCACUGAGGGAACAGGUUUUGAAUCUUUGUGUUAGGAAGCUUAUCAUCUCCACUUGCUCGAGAUUUUUGUUGUUUUGGGGCUUGGGGGGCGGGGGGUUGUUUUUGCCAAAUGUAACAAAAGCCGAUGCUGUGGCUUUAGUCAGUUACACUGAUUUAGUAUUAAAAAAAGAAAAAAAAAUUACAUAUAUUGCUUGCUUUCUAUUCUGUGAAUUUUUUUCUAGUUUUUGUGCAGUUUUAGUGAGAGUAUAGUUAUUAAUUUGAAGAGGUUGCAUUGCAAAACAAAACGUAAUAGGGAAUAAAGAAUGCAGUUGGGCAAGAAUUUUUUAGACAAGAUCACUAAAAAACAGUAACUGGUAGGAUUUUGAAGUCUAAUCUUUUAAAUGGAAGUUCUGAACAUUUAUGAUUUUUUUUUCCAUCUUUAGUUCUCCCAUGGGAAAUAAAGCAUGUCAAGGAUGAAGUUUCAGAGGCCUGUUCUUAAAAUGACCGUGUUGAUAACGGACUUUGGCUGUUUUGUUUUAGAAACCUUUUCGUGCGGGAGGAUGUUGUGAAGGAGAGGAAUCACGCAAGAUAGAUUUAUUUAUCGCUUCUCUCACCUGCUGCAGGUUAAAGGAGUAGUGAUUCCUCCAGGUGCUUCUGCAGUGCUAUCUUCAUU